UUCUUUCAAUUUCGAAAUCGGCAUCUCGCUUCUUCGCUUGUACCAACAACACCACACCACACCACACCAGGCUAUGGCUAUGGUUCUGGACUCCGAAACCGACCUGUCGUUUCCCUACUGGACCUCCAUUCGCCGACGUUUUGGUCCCGACUCUUCUUUCUUUGCCACCGGCAACCUGGAGAGAGAACUUCUCGCCAAACAGGUUGCCUUAGAUUUAACAGAAGAUGAAAAGCAUCAGCUUCUGAAGAUGGUAGACCAGGAUACCAGGGAGGUAUUCUGUCCAAUUGUCGGUUGUGGUGCGCGAUUGACUUCAUUGGAGGACUUUGAAAAUCAUUAUAAUGCACAUCAUACUGCAUCUUGUUCAGUGUGCUCUAGAGUUUAUCCAACAUCACGCCUGCUCAGCAUACAUGUUUCAGAGGCGCAUGAUUCCUUCUUUCAAGCAAAAGUUGCUCGUGGUUAUGCUGUGGCAUCUUUUCUCUCAUUAACUUUGUAUAUUGUUGUUUGGAAAUUUCUCUCAUUUAUUGUUAAUUUAGGGUUUUCCAUUUCUUUAUGCGAUUUCCUGUCUUGUUCUCUGUUGUUAAGCAAUUGUGUUAAGUCAUAUUUUCUGCAUGAAUUGAGGGACCAAAUGUGAUGAUUAAGUUGUCAUCUGUUGGUUAUCCAAAGCAUCAAAACUUAUCCUUUCCUUCAUUGAGCAUUCUUCUCGUACUUACUUGGAUCAACAAUCCAGAAACCAGCCUCUACCCCACCCUACCCAUCAGUCAAUUGGAAUUGCAAAGAACCCAAGUUAGAAUGAUAAAAAGGAAGGAUUGAAGGUGAGAGUUAGACACUUGGAGGGUGAUCAAGACUUAUGAUAUGGUUAGGUGGACCAUAACGAUACUAAUCUGAUCUGAUGCCAAUAUGCUACCUUGUUUAUCCAUACAUAUUCUUUCUUUAUUUUUUAAUUAAUUUUAAUAUUAGAAAUUUUCUUCAAUUUGUUCAAUAUUCAUGGAUUUCUUCAUUGUAAUUUUGUUUAAUGAAUAAUCUUCCUCUAUCUGUGGAUAACAGUAUGAGUGCCUUGUGAAAGGUUGUGGUUUGAAGUUCAAGAGCUACAAAAGUCGGCAGCAACAUCAGGUGGACAAGCACAAAUUCCCCACUUCGUUUGAGUUUUUCAAGAAGGCUCGGUCAUCCAAGAAACAGAGGCAGAAGCAACAUCGUAAACAAGCUCUUCACAGUAAGGAUGAACCUUCAAGUAUGAUGGAAGUUGAAGAUGAAACCAUCAAUGGCCUUGUUUCAGCAGUCUCUAAACUAAGCACAUCUGACUCCUCCCCAUCUACUGUCAGCUUUGGUCGUCGCCAUAGCCGUGGCUUCAUAUUUGUCCCACGAGCCAUACAGUGUAAGAAAAGGCCAGACUCCACAGCAGCAGAGACAGAGAGAUAGCCAGCAUCCACCUGGACUAAAUCUGGGGAAGUUUCGUAUGGUGAUGUGAAUUAGAUGAAACAAGCUGACAGCUUAUAUUGGUUCAAAACCCACACCUAUUUUAGGUAGUCAAAUUUGUUGAGAGCAAAGCUUCGAUGUCUCUUUGGUAUUGAUACCCGAAGAUCAUUUAUCUAUAUCAGUAUUACAUUCUGAAUUUCAUA